AUGCGCGCCGCCUUGCAACGCCACAACUCCUCGGCCUCGACGCCGGUCAUCCCGUCCACGGCCGCCGAACAAUUGCAUGUGAAUCUGUGUGUGUUCGAGGAGCAGGAGCCGUACAAGAGCGCUACGGUAGGUGGAGACUUUGGAAGGUUCGAAAAAACAAUUUAAUUUUAAGAAUCAAGUUUUUAGCGUGGUGAACAAAAUGUCAAACAAAUUUUUUUUUACUGUAGCAGCAUCAUAAUUUUAGAGACAAAUUAUGAUACUUACAGCGAGGGACCUCCAUUGGCAAAAAACGUAUAAUUUUUGCAUCCUGGAAGCAUCAAAAAUGUGGCUAAAUACCUCCAUCUUCAAGCGAAAAAAACUCAGAUUUCCAAAGCGCGCCCGAUCUUUUUAUGAGAAGCCCUUCAAAACAAUUUUUUUCACUUGGAGAGGGAAGCAUUUUGCCACAUUUUUGAUAGUAAAACAAAAACUCCGUUUUGAAAUGCACGUCCUUUCCCUAACAAAAAGAGCGGGCGGGCUUUUGAAAUCGGAAUUUUUUCGCGUGGAGAGGGAGGUAUUUUGCCACAUUUUUGAUACUUCCCGGAUCCAAAAUGGUACGUUUUUUGCCAAUGGAUCAGGCCCGCCACUGUAUUCUACAUGUUUCUAAAUAAUCAUUUUACUGUUUGCAAUCUUGCCAACUUUCAAAAAAAGAUCUAUUUUCGCGGCAGGACCUAAAAAAUGUUCUUUGGCAUUUCGUUCUUCAAGCCGCAAGCAGCCCGGUUUAAAUGAAUCUGCACUUUUAAAACCCCAUAACAUAAAAAGAGUUUUCCCUAAUGUAACAAUCGAAAUGUAGUUAAAAAAUUUACUAUAAAAGCCAUUUUCCUCACAAAACAAAGUCCAAAAAGCGAAGCUCUUCAAUUUUAACGAUACCUGGCGUUAUUUACACUCAAAUUUUCUGUUUUUUGCUUCUCCAAAUCACAAACUCUAUUAAAACAGGCUCGAAAUAGCACUUUAACAAAAAAGGCAAUUCCCAGAAAUACUUUUUUAAAAUCUCCGCCAAAUAUAGACACAAUGCCAUGUGGAGUGCCAUUUUGUCGUAAAAUUUGUCAUGGCACGCCAUCCCAUUACCUACGCAAAUGCAAGAUGUUAAGGCUAUUGGGGGAAUUUUUUACGAUUUUUCAGGGGAAAUGAUGUCGAUGAUAUGUUCAGUUUUUGGUCUUUAUAAAGAGUACUUUUAAAAUACUCUUUGUUAAAGAGACAUGCAAAGUAAUGUAGUAGGUUAUAGUAAGCAUUUUUGGUCAAUAUUAGGCGGUUCAUACUGGAAUUUAAGUGAUAGAAAAUGCAGAUGAAUAGUCACGAUUUAUUCGGAAUUUUGUAAAAUACGUCGUAAAGUAUUGCCAAAUUUUUUACGGUCUAUAUGUCGUAUUGUAGUACAUAUAUUCAUACUUCCAGCAGAGUGCAAAAGGGAGGGUGGGAGAAAGUUAAAAACGUACAAAAUAGCAUUUUUAUUUCACAAGUACAAAGCGCAAGACAUUAUCAAGUACUCGCCUACAAAGCUGUUCUGUAGAGGGAGAUUUGUAGAGUGUUAGCUGACCAUCCUGCAGCUCAAGAGGUUCAUCUGAGCCGCACAAAAUUUGAUACAUACCAUAGCAUGCUUGGUUUACCUUUUGUUUUAUUGAGUAUAGGGCUUUGGACCGGCUAAAAUGGAGAGCUUUGUAAAAUGGGCUGUAAGUUUUUCGAAUAAUCUUUGCUAAUAAUCUCUGGGGGAGAAUACAAUGGGUGUAGCCUUAAAAACUGAUGGAACCAGUGGCCAGAGAUUCUGUAGGUUGUCGAUUUUUGGUGUGCGAGUGCAAUGUAAUUAUCUUUUAGCCGUUGGGUGUUCAAUUCGCGUACAAAAAAUUUAGUUUUUUGCCGGUUACAUAUGACGGCAAAAUUUUUCCGUUUUAUUCUUCCUUAUUUUACGUUCUAUUUGCCAUAAAAAUUGCUGAAUAUCCCAGGGGCUCCUAUAGGGUAAAAUCUAACAAUAAGAUUUUUAGGGAUUGUUAUUCUAGCGAUUAUACAUAUUAAGGUAAACAUCUAGCGCUCAAGGAAGAUCGACGAAAAACUCCAGUACCGUAGCAGACCACGGAUUCUGAAGGAGCCUGUCCCCUCCCCAGCUAUAGUGGGGGACCUGAUCCAGUGAAAAACGUACCAUUUAGCAUCCGGGAAGUAUAAAAAAUGUGGCAAAAUGCUCCCCUCUCUAAGUGAAAAAAUUCCGAUUUCAAAAGCCCGCCCGCUCUUUUUGUGAUCGAAGCCCUUCAAAAUGAAGCUCAUUCACCUGGAGAGGGAGGUAUUUUGCCGCAUUUUUUAUGUUUCCCAGAUUUUUUUGCCACUGGAUCAUUUCCGUCACUGUAUGUCCCUAAAUAACUUUGAGGGUACUUCCCUUAUAAGUCGAAAAUUGAUAGUACAUCUUCUUAGACUCUUGACCUCUUUUAAGCACCUCCUCAUUUAUCAGCACUUAUCCUCAAAAACUCUUAACCUCCCUUUCCCGAAUUUUCAGUAAGAAAAUUUGCUACGGUAAUCACGAGUUUGGUUUGAAGUUUCCUUGCAAACUCCCAUUGACAGUAGCCUUUGAAAACAAUUAACUUUCAGUGUAAACUACACUUGAAACCGUACUUCGUUCGGUUCGUGUCUAUGUGACCGCUUGAUGGUUAUUGUUGUGAGCGCUUAUCUGGGAUAAAAACCCGCUUGUUGUUUGCAAUUUUGCAGAUUCAUGUUGUAUUCUUUUGCAAACGUUUUUAUUUUUGUCUAAAAACGGGAUGUUUGAGCGAUAUUUUUGAAGGAAAAUCAUGUCGGAAACAUACGAAUUUACACUUGUUUUUCACAAAACUAUGAGACAGGGGAAGAAUGGGAAAGAAAGAAAGGUAUGAAGGUUGCAUUUUGAGUCGUAUUUUAGAAGAAAAUUCAUUUUUCUAAUUUGAAAAAGAUUGUUAUCCAAAAAAGAUUUCAUUUUGUUCAUUUUUAGAUUAUCAAGAUAGCUCGAAGAGAGCUCAACGUUAACGUUUUAUAUUCGAUAAGCCUCUUAGGGUAUCCUGUUUGCAUGAACGGUCUUUUGUAAGCCGCUUGUAUUAACGAAAAGACGCUAAACUGCGAGUAAAAGAGUUUUUGAUAAGCGGGGGUAAAUUUAGAACAUGAUUUUGUUAUACAGGGUGCGGCAAAAAAAUGGAAACUUAUUUUUAUAGCUAUAUUUUUCCUUGCAAUCAAAAUUCCGGAAAAGUAACGGUCAUCAUCAAUAACAUAGAGCAUUAUUUAUAACAUAUGCAACCCGUUUCACAGUGGCUGCUUUUGGUGGCGAUAGAGAGCUCCAAACGUGACUUAAAAUUUUGGGCUUUUGGCCGCAGCUUUUUUCGGGGAAAUCGGUUCCGUUCUUGGCGCAGCAUUUACUUUGCGACUCCCAACUUUUGUGGCGUGUAGUACAGAUGCUACCUUUCAAUUUAAUAAAAAAUUUUGUCCAUCGGAUUCAAAUCCGGCGAGCAGGCGCACAUUUCGCAGACAAGGUGAAAUCGGGAAAAUCGGUCCGAUUACUGGCCUUGACUCACUUUUGCCUUGUGAGCCGGCUCUGAGUCUAGUUAUAACGCCAAGUUUGCAUUGCCAAGGUUCUUCUGACAGCACAGAAGCAGGAGAAAAUCGAGAUUAACGCGGCGCAAGAAUUUUGCCCUCUUGAUCCACGAAAAUCUCGGAAUUCUUGCCGCUGGCACAAAUUUCGCCUUAGGCGAUGACGGCCCGGAUUUUGACGGUGUUCGUCGUUAGCCGACGUGCAGAGGGCCUCAUCGGAUUGGAUUCUGACGUUCUGCUGGUUGUGCACCCGCAAAAAAUUGCACCGCGAAGGGAAUGCGCUCCCAUCGCGGACCUGCGGCCACACGUCUGAAUUUUCGGCAUUUUUUCAGGCGUGCGGGCUUGAUCUUGUCGGUGAGGAGUUGGGAAUUUUAGACCCUGUGUUGGGAGACCUUGAGUUGAUUUUUAGCUAUUUGGCCGACUGGUCGGUCGCCGAUGCCGGCGCCACGGUCGAUUUUUUCGGGAAAUUUACGGAUUUUGCUGCUGGUCACCUCGUGGCUGGCAGAGGUGUUGGCAGUGCGCUUUCUUUCACUUGCUGGACGUUUAUGAUCGUUGACAAGCUCCUUACAUUGCGUGAUUACUUUCGACACAACGUCCUUUCUAUACCGAGCAAAUUAACAACUCGGACAACUUAAAAAACAGGUCCAAAAUCGAGGUCCCUCUGCUUGACAUUCAAAAAAAGUAUAUUGAUAAAUCGAUAUGGACAUGAAAUUAAAAGGCCUAGGAGAGAAAAAAACGGAGAGUUUAAUAUCGGUCUGUCGGGAAAAAAACGGCGGAUCGUCGCGCCUCGGAAUCGCCCAUCAUCGCUCUGCGACUGAAAGCCGCGGCUGGGGAUUUGGUGCGCGAUAGCGGCGAGGCGAGACAUUCUGCUGCGACAAUCCGCCGUUAUUUUCCCGACAGACUGAUAGUAUGAAAAUAAUUUUGCUGCACCCAAAAAUUUUCGCGUCAGGACCCAAUGAAAAAAGUUUCCAUUUUUUUGCCGCACCCUGUAGAGUAUUACAAUAUAGAGUAUUGGCUUGCGUUUUGGACAAACACUCCAGGUUUCUAGACAUUUUAUGCUAAAAUUUCAGAAUGUAGUUGGAGUAGGCUACAAAUUGUCGCUACAAAAAACAAAUGACUCCUCAGCUGACUUUGAAUGGUUAUUGUCAAAAAAAGGGUUAUUGCCCAAGUGACCUGCCUCAUUUUUUGUACCUCAUAAUUCGGGUGUUACUCUCUACAGUGGGGCACCUGAUCCAGUGGAAAAAAGGUACCAUUUUGCAUCCAGGAAGUAUCAAAAAUGUGGCCAAAUGCCUCCCUCUCCAAAUAAAAAAACUCCCAUUUCAAAAGAUCUUUUUUGAAUUGGCUCUUUUUGUGAGGGAAGCCCAUCAAAACGGAGUUUUUUAGUUGGGAAGGGAGGCAUUCUGCCACAUUUUUGAUACUUCCCGGAUGCAAAAUGGUUCGUUUUUUGCCACUGGAUCAGGUCUCCCUACUGUAGAUAUCUGGAUUCAAAGAGAAAAGGCUUGCCAAAUCGGACUCACUGAACCGUCGUUGUCGGCAUAGCCCGCGCUGCAACGGCAAGUCGGCGGACUGACUUUUGUCAUUUUUAUUCACUCGGAAAAUGUAUCGUGGAAUACCUCAGUUGUGCUUUCAAUAGGACAGCUAAAGCGUUCGGAAAAUAACAUGUGCCCUAUCUAAAAUACAAGUGCCAAAUUUUGGUGAAAUCAAAAUACCGCACUUUGGUAUAUCCCCCGUUUUUGCCCAUAAUGACUGCCCCAAAGAUUUUUGAAACCUUACGUCCCAAAAUUUGUUGUCCUUCAUUUCGAGCAUCCAUAAAUCUCGCCUAAAUCUUUGAUCCUUCUCACAAGUCUUCCCAUGAACUUUUCCCAUUUGGCCAAUUAAGCAUGAGUCCAUCUAAAGACCCAUGAUAAACAACAAACAUUAAUGUUCCUCGAAAACCGCUGAAUAUUAAAUUUUGAAGAUUCCGAAGCUUCCCGGAAAAACAUGCGGUGUUCGCGCUGGAACGCGAGUACGCUCCAUCUUGUAACACCUAUCAAACAUGUUUAUUAUAAAUAGUUGUGUGUUUGUUUGCUCUUCCUUUACUUGUUUUUUGGCGCUUUGUAAAGGGAGAUUAUUAAGGAAAAGGGGGGUUUGUUGAGAGGGAGUCUGGAAGCAAUAUUCUGGCUGUUUUGAAGGGAAAAUCAUAGUCUACAUAUCAAGGCAGUAAAGUUUACAAACCUUGAAACAAAUUUAUGGCAGAGCUUUGUAUAAAAAAUGUCUAAAUUUUAGCUUGCGCUUACAGCGACCCUUAUAAGUUUUCGGCUAAAAUAUCGCAUUAAUAAACCAUUUUUCCAUUAGUCAUGGCUUUUUUUUUGAAUAAGUUUGGGUUCAUAUUAUGUUUUUUUUUUGGUCGGAAUCCUUAUAAGAAUCAAAUUUUUUGGCUUUAUUUAACCAAAAAUUUGUUGAAAACAAAGCAAGAAAGCAGAGAUUUGGCCUAAAAUCUUCUAGUUUUACCCCAAUUUGAUGAAGUAAAAUAGUGAAUAUCUCAAGUUUCUCUCCCAAAAGACGAUAUUUCUGAGCCUUUCAUCUUGAAAGCAUAGUGAUUUCGGUGGAAAUUUUGAGCUAAAAAAUCUCCUUAAGAAAAUUUCUGAUACAUGUUUUCGUUGAAUACGGCCUUUUUCUCGGCCAAUGAAAUCUCCGUUUACCUUGUGUUUACCAAUCUUUUGACCUUCCUGAUCUCUUAUACUCCUCAUUACGUGUUUUUCCUAUAAAACACGUGGCUUCUUUGACACUCGCUCAAACGCGUUACAGUUGUUUAUUUGUCCCCAUUUGGACUUUAGAGACGGGCAUUGCCCUUGAUAAUUACUGGUUUUACUAUCUUCCUUGUGAAAGGGAGGAUGGUAAAUUGGUAAUGGCUGACGAAAAUGAAGGGUUGUUUUCGUGAACGGCACGGAAAAUUUUGAACGCUUAGGACUUUUGAAGACAGCUUUAACGAUUUCGAAUUUAUAUGGGAAACGUCUGUCUUGAGUCUGUUGAAGUUUAUUUUACAGUUGUAGAAUGUGUGAACUAUCAUUAGUGUUGGCGUUGGAGCCAAAAUUUGCAUAAACUUGAUUCUUCUCUGUAUAAAAGUCACGGAUCUCGUCAUUUCCAAUCACUUUUUUCCUGCUGUUGUGCGAAUAAAUGCAUCUCUCCUUGAUGUUGUCCUCUCUGAACGGUCGGUCCCACGUCAAUUCCCCUUCUCCCCUGGUCAUCCAGUUUAUGGUGGCAGGAUAUUUUUUUUCGAUAUAAGAAUUUUGGUCAUGUGCAAGUGUUCCAAGUAGAAAUAAACUUUUUCCAAACAAACCCCAAAACUAGUUGACAAUAAACAUUUUGGCCCCUCUCCUUGUCUUACAAGCUUUUGUGUAAAAAGAAAUGUUCAAUCUCGUCUACUACUAGUCGUUUCAGAAAGUGCGUAGACUUUUUUUGACUAUUAUAGUAUCUUUGGAACAUGCUCUUUUUCCCUCAAAGAAAAAAUAAAGUCAUCCAGAAUUUUUUUGUUUGGGAUGCUGAUCAACUCAUAUGCACAUGCAUAGUGCGUAUUUUUACCCCUUAUUUUCGUAUUCUUUUCAUCCGUUGGGCAGAAAAAGGACGUUUCUGUUGGCUUCUUCAACUCUAUUACAAAAUUAAUUACUCAUUUUUUCGCUGACCUCAAAUCUCUCCCCCUUUUUAUUAAUGACAUUGCAUUCGAAACACGAAAUGGAAAGUUUUGCCCCUCCGGUUAUGUAAAGAGCCGCGGCUCCAUUUCUUCACCGAAGAAAAGUGGGCGUGGCCUGUGAGAUGCAAAUUCCGCGGGAUUUUUUUUUCUUUUUGGAUUUCACUUUUUCGAAUUUUCGCCGAGAUUUUCGUGGGAAAGGAAUGCGCGGGGCGGGCUCCCAACUUGAAGGGCACCCGGUUUUGCAGUGUGUGUUGUUGGUUAUGUCGAGCCGGCGAAAUGAGCGGUUUACAUUAAAGUUUGGGGGCAAUUAAAGAAUUGAGGGGGGUUUUGGGGAAAUAAUUUGAUGAUUUAGAGACUUAGGAGGGUUUUAAAAAUGAUUUUUGAUAGCUUUUGGCAUUUUUGAUUACUAAGGAAAUAUGAUGAUUUUGCUUCAAAAUUAAGUUUUGGAUAGAAUUUGAUGACUUUGAAGAAGAUUUAAGCCUUGCAAAUUUCAUAUUGAGGAACAUGAAAUGUAAAAUACGACUCGCGAUAGAAAUGAUUUAAAGUUUUCGCUAAAAAUUUUGAUUUUUAUAUUGUACUAGGCUGAGUUCUGGUUUCUCACAAAAAAUUUAAUUUUUAAGCGAAAUAAUCGAAUUUAUAACUAUGUAAAAUACGGUCCAGUCUUUCUUACUUACAUUAAGAAGAGCAAUGAUUUAAAAAAUUUUAGAUUUUUAAGAAAAAAUUUUCAAAAACUGCAAAAAAUUGUCCAAAAAACCCGUUUUUGGACAAUUUUUUCGAUUUGAUUUUCCAAUGUACCUUCCUAGCCUCCACAAAAAUUCCCCUUUAUUUCCAGAUCGAAGUAAUUGCGGGCCGGACCCUCAUCGACACCCUGACCCCCUUCCUCACCCAGAACGGCGUCGGUCCGAGCCACGUGGACGUCUUCGUUGAGAACUCCUCCACUCCCAUCCCCGCCAUCAGCCCGGCCGAAUACCUGGUCGGUCAGCGGCUGAACAUCCGCCCCAAACAAAUGCAUAGGUCCUCCAUUCAGGGACAAUUUCUCGCUGCAUCCAACUUGACGUUGACUGCGAAUGUGUCGCUGAGAAGCAUCAACAAUUUGGCCAGCCAUUCGGUGGAUGAGGCCGAUGUGAGAUCGUUGGAUGAACAUGACACAGCGCACUUAAUACCCUAUCAUGAAAAGGUAAUUUGAGCUUGGAAAUUUUGGUGUUCUUUGCACAGUGCGAUAUUUUUUGAUUCUGCACAGUGCGAUUUUUUUGAUUCUGCAUAGUGCGAAUUUUUUUUUGAUUCUGCACAGUGCGAAAUUUUUUUUUGAUUCUGCACAGUGCGAAAAAAAUUUUUUGAUUCUGCACAGUGCGAAAUUUUUUUUUGAUUUUGCACAGUGCGAAAAUCUUUUUUAAUGCUGCACAGGGCGAAAAAUUUUUUUUUGAUUCUGCACAGUGCGAAAAAAUUUUUUUGAUUCUGCACAGUGCUAAAUUUUUUUUAGAUUCUGCACGGUGCGAAUUUUUUUUUUGCUUCUGCACAGUGCGAAAUUUUUUUUUAUGCCGCACAGUGCGAAAAAAAUUUUUUUGAUUCUGCACAGUGCGAAAAUUUUUUUUUGAUUCUGCACAGUGCGAAAAAUUUUUUUGCUUCUGCACAGUGCGAAAAAUUUUUUUUUGAUUCUGCACGGUACAAAGUUUUUUUUUGAUUUUGCACGGUGCGAUUUUUUUUUGAUUCUGCACGGAGCAAUCAUAAUAUUGGGUUUUGAAUGCGCAGACAGGAAUCCGUUACGCAUCAAAACAAAAAAAAAAUUUUUUUUGCACUGUGCGAUAAAAAAAAAUCAUUCGUUUCUUCGCAAAGUGCAAUGCAGUUCUAAAAGGAAAAAAAUACGCACGGUGCAGAAAAAAUUCUCUUGCACAAUGCAAGCGAAACUAAAUUCCUAACCGCACAGUGCAAUAAAUAAAUUUUUUUUUGCACUGUGCAAUAAACAAAAAAAUGUUGACUGAAAAAAUAUAUUGCUCUGUACAAUCGAAAUAAUUUUUUUCAGUAAAUUUAAGACUAUUUUUCUGCGCAAUGCGAUUUUUUUGGCUUUUGAACUCUUUACUCCACAAAAUUUUUCUCGAGUCUUGUCUUCAAACUUCAAAAAUCGCUUUUCGAACCUUCAAAAAUUGUUCGAUCCCCUCCUCUCCCACGUUCCAAUUUCGAUCUGCAAUUCGCAAACAAUGACCACCUGCUAAUCCCACAAUUCGUCCACAAAAAAUUCUUCGCCGUAUUGUAGCCGAAUCGUGGGGAUUAGGGGCGCAAAAAGGGGGGAGAGAUUUGAGGCGCUCGGUUAGAGCAAACAAACCCGGAGCCGCUUGUUUGGCUCUGUAACGUACAUAUUUGAGUCCUUGAAUAGGCUUGGCCCACCGCAUGGGCCUGUUCCUUACAUUUGGCCAAAAAAAGUUUUUUUUUAAUUUUUGAGAACCUUUGAAAAUUCAAAGAAUUACCGUAAUCGGAUCAGGCGAUUGUUGAUUAUUGAGAUUACCGUCCCAUUCGGAGGCUAUUAUCAAUUCGUUUUGUAUUAUAGAUUAUUGAACAAAACAUGUCAUCAUUUGUCUUUUCGAAGUCUUUUUGAAACACCUAAUCUUUACUUCUUCUACUUAUAAAUAGGCCGUUUUUCACGAGGUUUUGAUUGGAUUUUGCCAAAAUAUCAAUGUGUUUUUAUCUUUUAAACUACUUAAAAUUUUGUAAUCUUCAUAUAGAUAUCCAAUUUUUGCCUUAAAGCGAUUUUUGGAUCCAAAUUAGGGCAUUUUUUUAUCUAGUGUAAUAUAAUUUUUGUUGAAUUUGGGGAAUUUUAGAGGUAUAAUUGCAUGAUUUGUGCCAAUUGUGUAUUCUAUAUCUCUGUUUUUUGUCUGAAAUUACUUUUUUAUCAAAAAAACAUCAAUUUUGUCCAGUUGCAAUCAAUUUUUUUUUUCGAAUUUUUUUUUGGAUUUUCUGCAAGACACAAUUUUUAUAUUUUAAAAUCAUUUAAAAAUUUCUAAAAUACGAUUUCUAUUUAUUUGCAGGCCUCCUCCUCCCGUCAACAUCUGAAUCCUAUGAGCUUCUACGAAGCUCAGCAUCAUUCCACAGUGCCUCGCCGGAAAGGUUCACUAAAUGUGGACUCAGCUCGUGAGCACUCCCAAGAAGGCCGUGAUGUCUGUCGAUUCCCAAGUCAGUCGAGUAUGAGCGGCAGUCUGAACGGCACAAGACGCUUGAGGGCACCGAGUUCCAGUCGUAGAAUGAUCUUAUUCGGAAAGGUAGGUGGGAUCCGGCAUGGUGAAUAUAAUUGGUCAUAAGUGUUGAAAGAACCGUUCGGUUUAUAAAAUCUAGGGCUCAUAUUAAUCCCUGAGACUUGAGCUUUCAGGAAAAAGAGAAAGAACGAUUCAUCGCGCAACUGGACGCGAUCUACAGCGCGAUUUCCGAAGUCCCCAUCCCCUCGUACUUGGACAUCACCGAAAAGUUCACCGAUCUAGUCAAACCCGAACUUAUCACCGAAUACAAGGUCCAGAAGCAUCAAGCCGCCAUCUGGGAGAUCGUAACCACCGAGCACAGUUAUAUUGUUACGCUCAAAAACAUCUGCGAUCUGCACACAACGUUGUUGGAGAUUCAGAAGGAGAAUUAUUUGACGGACAUCAAUUCCAAGGACGUUUUCCUAAAUUUCUCCGAGAUUUAUCAGACAACGUUGAACUUCUGGAGGCAGGGGAUCUUGCCAAUGUUGCAGCAGUCGAGGUAAGGACGGCUAAAACUUCCAUUUUUUCACAAGCUUUCCUCCAACUCCUAGUGUUGAAAGCUCAUCGCCGUAGGCGCUUUUUCCAUUAGAACUGACCCCCAUGAUGUUUACAAACUCUCCCGGAUUGUCGCAAGUUUGAAACUGACACCCCCCGUUUCCUCAUGCCAUUCCAAUUGUUUACGAAUGUCAAAAGGCGACGACAUUUUUGGGCAGAUUCUGUGGGAUUUGUGGCGUGCUCACAGAACAGGAGAUCCUGUCACGAAAACGCGCACACAUUUAGCUUACAUGUGACCAACCUGCGGUAAAAUAUUUAGGCAUGCUAAAUUUAGCAGUUAAAUUUGGAUUACAGUUUUGGGAAAAUUGUAAAAGGGAAAAGCAAAAAGCAUAGAUUUUGAUUGGAUAUUAGAGUGCGGAACCUGAUCCAGUGGCAAAAAAUGUGCCAUUUUGCAUCCAGGAAGUAUCAAAAAAUGUGGCAAAAUGCUUCCCUCUCCAAGCGAAAAAACUUUGAUUUCAAAAGCGCCUUCUCUUUUUGUGUGGGGAGACCUUCAAAAAAAAGAGUUUUCUCUUGAAAAGGGAGGCAUUUUGCCACAUUUUUGAUGCUUCCCGGACGCAAAAUGGUAUUUUUUUGCCGCUGGAUCAGCUCUCUCACUUUAAAAAGGUAUUUUCCAAAGCAUUUGCGGAAGUGUUAGCACGAUUUUUUUGUCCGGCGGGCUGUCCUUAUUUUUAAAAAUUUCUCGUAAAAAUAUUCUGGAAUAUCUCAGCGGUCCUUGAAAAAUGUGAGCUAAGAUUUUCUAUGAUUAAUAUAUGGCCUAUAUGUAGUUUGUACACAAAAUUUUAUAAAAAUUGACUGGUGGCUGGUUGAGAAAUUUUCGUUUUUGGUCAUUGUUGAACCCGAAAAAUUAACGAAAAAUUGAUCCUUAAAAAAUGGUUGAAAAUGAACUGAAUUAUUUUUGCUACAACCAACAAAAAAUUCUACUCAUCUUUACCCAUUUCAACACCCCAUCUUUCAGGACAACUGGCGACCUUUUGGACGCGACCUGUCUUCAGCAAGCCUUCGCCGACAUCCGUCAAUGGUCGCGUUGCUACGUCGACUUUCAGGUGGAGCAAAACCAUUCCCGCAACUACAUUACGCACAAAAUCAAGCAAGACGAGCAGUUUGCGGAUUUCGUCAAAUGGACCGAGAGCAUGCCGUUCUUUAAUCGGCAGAAACUCUUGGACGUAAUGGCCUUCCCGUUUCAACACUUGACCAGAUACUCGUUGUUGCUGCAGACCCUGGAAAAGACAGCUCUAAAUGAAGCGGAUUUACGGUGCAUUCAGCGGAUGAAAGCGCAGACGGAUGAGGCCAAUCAUGAGUUGAAUAGAUCGCUGAAUCUGAAUGAUUUGAGAGCGCAAUUCCGUUAUAUUAUGAGUCUGUUUGAGAGCUGUGAUUAUAUGGACUUUGAUGAGUAUGAAAAGGUGAGUCGAUUUCUGUGGCUUUUAUAUGUAAAAUUCAUAUAGUGACGGACCCAAUCCAGUGGCAAAAAACGUACCAUUUUGCAUCCGGGAAGCAUCAAAAAUGUGGCAAAAUCUUCCAAGUGAAAAAAUUUUCCUCACAAAAAGAGCGGGCGCGUUUUUGAAGUCGGAAUUUUUUCACUUGGAGAGUGAAGCACUUAGCCACAUUUUUGAUACUUCCCGGGUGCAAAAUGGUACGCUUUUUGUCACUGGAUCAGGUCCCCCACUGCAAAUAAACCUAGACGUGGAAGUGUCAAAAAAAUGUGGCAAAAUGCCUCCCUCUCCAAGUGCAAAAACUCCGAUAUCAAAAACGCACCGUUCCUUUUUGUGAGGGAAGCCCUUCAAAACAAAGUGUUUUUCACUUGGAGAGGGAGGUAUUUUGCAGCAUUUUUGAUGCUUCCCGGAUGCAAAAUCGUAUGAUUUUUGCCACUGGAUCACUUCCACCUUAUUUAGGGACCCCAAGAAUUUUUUGCUAUGCCUUUUUUAUGGCGUCUAAUGACCUAUAAAUAAGCUACGAUCAAAAAAAUAAUCAAAAAUUUCCAGGCCACAGACACCAAGCAGCCAAUGAUAGACCUCCUGUUGCCGAUGCCAAUGAUCCCCCACCCCAUGCAUCGCCAUCUCAUCCGCCGGGGCGACCUCAAAUUCAAGGAGUCCAAGUCGGCGCCCAAGAUCGAGGUGCACGUCUUCCUCUUCACCGACAUGUUCCUCAUCUGCAAGUUCGGGCGGCGCGACAAACUGCGGGUGGUGCGGCCGCCCAUUCACAUCACCAGCAUGCGCUAUCGGGUGUUCAUGGACAGCAGCAAUGGGUUUUAUUUGAUGAGUUAUGACAAUUUCAAUGUCUGCAUCAACUUCUUGACGUUCUUCACGCAGACCGAAGAGGAUGCCAAGAAAUGGAUCGACUUUUUCGAUUUCGCGCAGGGAGAGUUCUUGAAGCUGAAGAAUGCCAUGGUUUAUGCGCCUUGUAGGUUGAGGAAGACGGGAUUUUUUGGGGGUUUCUUGAUUUUUUAGAGCUCAAAAAUUAUGAAUUUAGAGAUAAAUCUUAAGCAUCAAGACAUGAUUUUUUUAAAAUUUUAGGAUUUUUCGGCAAAAGUUUUAAAAAAUGUUUUCAGCCCUUUUAUUUUGUUCGUUAUCCACUAUAUUCCCUUCCGAAUCCCAAGUUAAUUUCACUGUUGUUUGUAGAUUCCCAUUCAAUGUCGGUGACGUCGAACACAUUCCCCCGUAACAGUGACUUCUCUCCCGAAAGCAUGGCCUUGUAUCAUCGAAAGAGCCAUAGUAUGGACUCUCAAGCUCUGGCACAACAGCAGAGUACGUUUAGUGGUUCUAUUGUGUUUUUUAUGGCAGUUGAUAAUUAUGUGAUUUGUCAUCAUUUUUUUUAAAUUUUAAAAAACCCAAAAUUAGAGGUAUUCGAAAGUUUUUAGUUUUUUUUGAAAUUUUCAAAGGAAAAUAUCCGCUUCCGGAUUUGAUUUAUGAACUUUUAGGGAUUAGUAGAUGUAAAAAUAUAAAAAAAUAGGGAAAUUUUAGUCAUUAUGACAUGUUUUUUAGACUUUUUAAAACUUGAAUAUUCCAAAUUCGAAAAAUUUUUGUUUCUGUCGUAAAUUUUUUUACAGUGAAAAAUUUUUGAUUUCUUGGUCUUAAUUAUAACAAUCUAUGCUUUCAGAUGGUCUCCGAAAAGAGUCCGAGAUCGCAUCCGCCGAGCAGCUCGACCGCCGCGGCUUCGACCAACACCCUCCAAUUCCCCAUCCAAAGCCGCAAAAGAUCCUGGUCGACGACGAUCCCGGGCUCCAAAUCUCCCCGGACUCUUGCGCCUCCGCACUCGUCGCCGUCCCUCCAUUGAUGAUGAAUUCAACAACAUCGACCGGCGAGUCUUCUCGAUGCAACACCCCGGUUACACCGAGCGGGGACUCGCCAACUUCGGGCCGAAAUACCGGCCGUCGGUUUGAGAAGAGAUAUCACACGGUGAGCGGAGAGUGUGAUGCGGCCAAGAGCACGGCGUUUAAUGCGGGAGUCAUUGGGCAGAACAUUGUGAAAAGGUUCUCGUGGAAUGUGGGAAGUCAGAGGAAAAUCAGCAACAAAUUGAAUGACACUGUAAAUGUAAGUGGUUUGGGGGUGGAUUGGUGAAUGUAGGGAUAAAAUUGUUGGUGAAAAAAGGAUUUAGGGGGACUGGGAAUUAAAAAAAAUUUUUUUUUUGAAAUUCCGGGAUCAAAAUUUUUUUUUUUUUUUUUUUUUUUUUUUUGAAAUUCCGGGUCAACAAAACAUUUCUUUUCAAAUUCCAGGAUCAAAAAAAUAUUUUUUUAUACUCCGGGAUCAUAAAAUUUUUUUUUUUUUUUUUGAAAUUCCGGGAUCAAAAAAAUUUUUUUUUUGAGAGAUGACUUUCUUGAGGCUAAAAUAAGCCUUCAAAUCCCAAAUCCCAUCUAUCCCACGAUUCUAAAAUGUGCAAAAAUGGGCUAAUUAACAAUAAGACGCCAUGGAAAAUCAAAAAAAAAAUCAAACUUUGGAAACUUCCAACCAUAAAAUUUUUUGGCCUUUCUACCGAAAUAAAGGCGAUUUUUGUAAAAAUCCAUACAUGUUCAGUCCCAAUUUUAAUUCAAUUUGCAUUCCGAAGAUUCCCAGAGAGCGUAAUUAACAUCUGCGAUUACGAUUCGUGGAAUUCCUCAUCAAAUCCCACUCUUCCCUUUGAUGUUUUCGCCGAUGAGUUUUGAGGUCGUUUAACCGGUUUAAUGAGAGCAAAAGAAGGAAAGAAUGUCAAGGUCGGGCAAACGCCCGAUUCAUAAAUUUGAAUUCGAGAGAGAGAGGGGAGAGAUUUAUCGACGGGAUUUCGAAGAAAUUUUUCCGAAAUGACAUUGAUCAUGGGGCUUGAAGGGCUCAAAAUGAAGGGGAAAUCACAAAAAAAAAGAUUUUUUUUUGUAAAAUACGAGUGCUGGAAAUUAAUUCUUAUGUAAAUAUAAAAAAAACGAAUUGUAAAAACAGUAAAAACAAACAACAAAAGAAAAAAAAUCAAAAAAAAAACCCAAAUUUCCAGCAAAAAAUCAACCAAAAUAUACAAGGAAGUACCCCAAGUGCGACGCUCAGAUUUUCUUUAAAUUUUGCACACACGUCGGUCAUGAACUAAAUAUCAAUUUCUGAAAGUUUUAGCUCGCGCUUUGCAAGCGCCACCGAGAUAUUGAACGAUCUUUACCGCCGAGAGAGCACACUAAAAGUGGAGAGCGGUCAGAGAAAAGAAACAUUUUUUGGCCAUAACUUUGCUAGCUUUGUGCGGAAAAAAUUCAUUUUUUGUGGAAAUAUUACCACCUAUGGUAGAAAUUGACAUGAAACUUUUCAUGCCAAAAUUCGGCAAAAAGUGUCAAAUUUUCGCCGACUUUCGAUCUAAAAAUCUCGGUUGUUUUUGCAAAGCGCGAGCUAGGAUUCUCGCAUAUAUUUCAGAAAAAAUUUUUCUAAAUUUAUGCCAAAUUUCAUCAAAAUCUGAGCGUCGCACUUGGGGUACUUCCCUUGUUAGUAUGAAGUCCUAUUUUCCUUUUGUUAGUUGAAAAAUUCAAAAAUUUUGUGGUCUAUAAACCGCGAGCUAGGUCCUUGCUCUCUAGUUUGUCAUUUCUAACCCAAAUUCUUUCCAGAAAACCUCGCUCGGCAAUCGGCGCUUCAGCCAGUCGACCACCGAGUCCAGCGAUUCGUUUGGCUCCUCUACUUCGGGCAUAUCCUCCUCCUCCUCGCACGACAACCACAACAUCCACCACUCCAACGACGAGCUCCUCAACUCGAACAUUUCCCGAGUCCGAAUCGACGAAAUGUCCGAACUCUCGCAUCACCACAUCCACAGUCGCAACAGCUCCACGCAAAGUCAUAAUGGGACGUUGAGGGACGAGAACCGCACAAUUUCGCUGAAUGUGAACGAGGAUAUCCGCGAAGAGGAGCAGAAUAUCAGCCCGAAUCCGUCGGAGAAGCCUCCGCCGCUGCCGCACGGGCCUCCGCCGGAUACGGAGAGCUCGUCGAGCGAUGGGGAGAAUGUGGAGAACAAGAAUGUGCAGAGAAAUGGGAAGAAGCUGCAGCAUCAGCAGCAGAUCAGUCAAGGAGAGGAGCUGGAGAAGUUCAUGCAUCAUGAUUCGCAGACCGACUUGUUCAAGCUCAUCUUGAGCGACGAUGUGGACACUUCGUAAGUUGUUUCGCUAAUCGGGCAAAGGAAUUGGACGAUUGGAAAGUUUGGUAGUACUGUAAAAUAAAAUUUUUUUUUUAAUUUUUUUCCAUGAAUACUCGAUUUAUAGGUUUUUGAUGGUGCUUAUUUCGAAAACCAUGUUAACUUUUCCUAUCGUACUAAAUAGUACUAUAUGAUACUAUGUAGUACGAAGUGAAAAUUUGGCAUUUGGCCUUUAGUGGUGUUGUCCUGACGCCUAAUACCGCUAUUUUCACCUCGUACUAUAUAGUAUCAGAUAGUACUAAAUAGCACCAAUUUUUUAAAACGUGUUUUUGAACAGUACUAAGCAUCCAAGCAACACCAUUCAAAAGCCAUUUUUUCACUUUGUACUGCAUAGUAUCAGAUAGUACCAUAUAGUACUAGAGGAAAAGUUAACAUGAUUUUCGAAAUCAGCACCAUCGAAAACCCCUAAAUCGAGUAUUUAUGAAAAAAUUUUCAAAAAGUACUACUUUACAGUACUACUUAAGGAAAAAAGUAACAGUCAAAAAAACGAAUGUCAUUUUCGCAAUCAGCACCAUCGAUUAUCCUAAUUUCGAGAUUUGCAUCGGAGAAAAAUAAUACUUUUCGGUUUCCCCAAUCGUUCAACUCCGUCGGACAUACUGUUUUUUACUAAAAAUUUAAUUUUUUUUAUUUCAGAAUUGUCUAA